AAUCUAUAACUGGAAACCUCACCUCAUCAGAGAGGGAUCCCCAACCAUUCUUACUCAGACUUUACGGACUUACCAGUCGCCUUGUUUUCCCCUUUUGUCAAGCAGAUCUUUUGACAUGUGAUGACUCCCCAAACAAUAUUUUGCUCUCUUUGAUUUCUCUUCGUGAGUUUAAUCUGUUCGCCAUCCAACACCAUGUCUCGGCUGAUAGAUCGAAGGUGCAUUUGACUAUCAGAGGCUGUCCAGAGAUUUCCCUCCCUCGUCCUACCAACAUGUUGCAGGCGCAUGAGACCGUCACCCCAACCGAUGAGUCGUCUACCAAUGGCUCCAGCCAUGUGCUCGUCAAGGUAACCUCUCCGCCGGCGGUUGAGGUUGGACUUGACAGACUAAGACAUUUUACUUGGGCAUGGUUCACUUGGCCCAUGGCCACCGGAGGCCUAGGAUUGUUGCUGUCGCCCAAUAAUCAACCUCAUACUUUUCAAGGCCUCGAGGUUAUCGGCAAGAUCGUCUACAUCUUUGACCUCAUCCUCUUCAGCUGUGUUGUGGCUGCCAUCACCUACCGCUUCAUUCGAUGGCCGUAUGCCUUACGGUCGAGUCUCACACAUCCUACCGAAUCGCUCUUUUUCGGCGCCGCUUUCCUGUCCGUCGCCAGCAUCAUCGCCUCCAUAGCUCAAUAUGGUAUCCCUAGUUGUGGCUACUGGCUUGUGGUCGUCUAUCGCGUCCUCUUCUGGAUGUAUUUCGCCAUCACCUUUCUCGUCGCCGUGGGCAUGUACUCGCUGUUAUUCACGAAUCCUCGCCUGCGAAUCCAGGACAUGACCCCAGCUUGGGAUCUGCCUAUCUUCCCCUUUAUGCUAUGCGGCACCGUCGCUAGUUCAGGGCUGGAAUACCAACCCAAGGAAUACGCUAUGCCCAUGCUCUUCGCUGGUUUGACCGCUCAAGGUUUGGGCAUGAUGGUCUCCAUGUGCAUGUAUGCUAGCUACGUGAGGCGAAUGAUCAAUUACGGAUUUCCCUCUCCUGAAUCUCGACCGGGCAUGUUCAUUGCCGUUGGCCCUCCCAGCUUCACCUCCCUGGCAAUCAUCAACUUGGCCGACAAGUGGCCUGCUGGAUAUACCUACUUCGGCCCCAACGAUGACAUUACAAGACAAAUAUUGCGUGUGAUUGCACUUGUGGCUGCCGUUUUUAUCUGGAGCUUGUCAUUAUGGUUCUUUUCGCUGGCCGUUGUGAGCUGCAUUGCUGUCGCAAAAACGUUGCGCUUCCGCCUCAAUUGGUGGGCCUUUGUUUUUCCCAAUGUUGGCUUCACCCUGGCCACGAUAGACAUAGGCAGAACACUGCAAAGCCAGGGGGUCAUGUGGGUGGGCAGCGUCAUGACAAUCGGCUUGGUGAUUGUCUACCUAUUUGUCUUGAUCCAUCAUAUGCGUGCCGUAUGGAAUAAGGAUAUCUUGUAUGUCGGCAUGGAUGAGGACAAGGCUUACAAGGCAGAAAGACACUCGAAAUUAGGCGCGACGCCGAGUGAUCUCGAGCAUGCGACAACUAGUGGUGCAAAACCACCGGAAAAAGCCGAUUGAAUAGUCACCAAGUCUUGGGCCAUCAUCACAGUGCUCGGAUUACAUUAAACAGCUUUCAUGUUCUCCAGGCUCAAGUAAUAUUAUUUUCUAGCGGUUCAUAUUAUCCGCCCUGGCGAACCAUUGCGGUAAAGAUUCUGUAGGAAGCUGGUUUUGGUGCGAGGACUACCUUGACCGCGUCAUAUGCCAAUCGCGCGAAUUCAAAAGUCGACCAUUUUCGAGCCGUCUAGGUACGACUUCGAGUCCUGGAACCAAUGCCAU